UUGAUCAAUCUGUUCCCGAUGAUAUUAUUGAAACAGAAGAUACUGCUCUUGUAAAGGAAGAGCCCCUUGAUGUAAUUGAAACCAGCAUUGAAAAGUCUAUUCCCGAUGAUAUGAUUGAAACAGAAGAUACUACUCCUAUAAGGGAAGAGCCACUUGAUGUCAUUGAAGCUACCAAGAUUGACAAGAUUGAGCCUGAAUCUGUUGCUCCUCAAAUUGAUGAUCAAUCAAUGAAAUCCCAGCCACUUACAUUAGAAACCUUCCUCGGUAUUGAUACAACAGAUGUGUCAUCACCUGAAAAAACAGAAAUAAUAGAUGUUGAACCAAUUGAGCAAGAACCUGUGAAGUACGAUCCAACAUUUAGUACAAAAUCUUUCCUUCAAGAUAAACCAGACAGUGAUCAGUAUGGUGAUGCAAUAUUUAGGGUAGUUGAACUGGAACCAACCAGCUCACCUGAGCAAGAGGGUUAUCAAGUUAUAUCAGGUGACCCUGAAACUGAUACUGAUGUCUAUAACAGGGAGGAUGUAAUCACAAGGGUAUAUGAGAAAGAUAAGGAUGAACUAGAAACUAUGGUUGAAGAGCCAGAACCAUCUGAAGCUGAACAGGCUGAGUGUGAAUCUGCUAGUGCUGCACUUGUUCCUGAACAGGAGUCUUCCGAUGUAAGUGCAACGAUUACAACCACUGACAUUGCAGAUCCCUUUUCAAGUACAAGUGUACCAAAAAUUGAUUCUUGUGAUGAACCAAGCUCAGCUGAACCAACACCUGGUUAUCAAAAUAGAAUUGAGUUCAUGACAUUUGACAAUAUGGCAUUUGAGGGAAGAGAUACAAUAGAUGAAGAGGAUUCACCCAAAGACCUAGAACCUGAUGCUGUUAAAUUUGACUAUGCAGGAAAAGAACAGCAAAUUCAUGAAACUGUUGAAAAAGAAUUGAAAAGUAGUAUUUUCAGUGCAGAACUUCAACAGUCUAUAGACCAGUUAUCACCAGACAAGAAAUCUUUCUUUUUUGAUCAAACCAUUGAAGAAGAUUCCCAAUAUACUGCAACGAAAACUGAAACUACAACUUCAGAGAGAGAGGAUGCUCUCCAAGAGUCUUCUACAUUUGAGACACAUUCAAAAACUGUAAUAGAAGCAGUCACUAGGUCAGAAACUAUAGAGGUGGAAUCUAUUAUGACAAGAACUGAAAUUGGAUUUGAGCCAAUUGAUAGUGUACCAGAACAACCAGUUAGAGUUGAUAUUGAUUGUGAUGCCAUGUUGAUGAGUCAAGAUCAGCCAUAUGUUGAGCAAGAAUAUGAACAAAAGGAACCUGUUGUUGUACAUGGAGAUUUUAAGGCUCAUGAGCAUGCUGAUGAAGUAGAAGAGCAAUUAGAAAUUGAGGAAACAUCAGUUCAAGUCCCUGUGUAUGAUAAGCAAGAAUAUGAGGAGCCAGAAACUGCUGUUGAAGAUGAAGAUGCUAAAGUCAAAGAGAUACACCAUGACAAUAAAGUAAAGGAUCAAUUAGAAAUUGAAGAAUCUUCAAUUCAAGUCCCUGUAUAUGAUAAGCAAAUGUAUGAAGAAUCAGAACCUGUCAUUAAAAUUGAAGAUGCUAAGGAUAAAGAUAUAAAAUUUGAUGAUAGAAUUGAAGACCAAUUAGUAGGUGAGCAAUCCUCCGAUGAAAUUCCUCCAUAUGACCCACAAGAACAUGUGGAACCAGAACCUGCUUCGGAAAUUGAAGUCGUAAAGUAUCAAGAUAAAGGACAUGAGGAUGAAGAACUAGAAAUUGAGGAAUUUUCAAAUAAAGUCCCUAUAUGUGAUAAGCAAGGGUAUGAAGGGCAAGAGCCUGUUGUGAAAGUUGAACAUGAUGAGGAAGACCAAUUAGAAGUUCUAGAGUCUAAAAGUCCUGUCUUCAUACACAUUGAUCAAGAUCAACAGGAACCAGAGAAGGUUGUGGAUGCUGAAAAUGCUGGGAAUGAUGACACAAAAUAUGAUAAAGUGAAAGAACAAUUUGAAAUUGAAGCAUCUACUAGUCCUAAAUAUGAUCAUAGAGAGCAUGGUGUGCAUAUUGAUCAAGGUAUGGGAGAUGAUGGUAUAGCUCAAGGAGAAAUGCUGGAUAAAAUUGUUGAUGUUUUUACAAUAUCCAAAGCAUCAGAGGGAGAACAAUCUACUGUUAAAGAUGUUGAGUCAUCACCAAUGGACUCAUCCAGUGGGUUAGAAGAGCACCGAGACACAAAAGAGGUGAGCGAUGGAGAUAUUUCUGAUGAAUCUUUAAGUGAUAAUCAACAACAAUAUCUUGAAAGUAGUAUUCAAGAAAGUAUGGAACUCAUGGCUCAACAGUCUGUCCAUGUAAGCGAUGACCUUAAAAUAGUGUCAGAUAGUGCAGAUGGUGAGUCUGAAGAUAGUGCGUAUGGAGUUGACCCUGAGAUUGAUGUAGUUUAUAGUAGUGAUGAUGAUGAUAAUAUGGUAGUUGAUAUGACUCAUCCCAGGAGAGAACACAGAAAGUCUCAUGAAAUAUUAACAGAUCAGAGUAGGCCUCAGUUUGAGGGAGAACUUGUAGAAUCAUAUACUAUUUCAACUGAAGUAAGAACUGAACGUACCUCCACAUCGGAAGUUAUUGAAACUUCUCCAGAUGGUACAGAACAAAGAAUAUUUGGAUUAGUACACCACAAACCCCCUACUAUCAAACUGUCCUCAGAUGAAAGCUUUGAAGAAACAGAGAUAAAGAUCGACAAUGAGCCAAUUGUACCAAUGGUCCACAUGGAUCAGCCAAAUAUUGUCAUAACAAGUGCAUCAAAAGAAGAAUUAACAGAAGAUAUUGAGGAGGAAUAUAUUAUUAUAGAAUCAAGUGAGGUUGAAUCAGAACCAGUUGUAUUUGAUGAGCCUAAAGAUGAUGAAGAAUUGACUCCUGAAAAAGUUGAAGACAAACCUGUGAGCGAUCAAUUGGAUGCUAGGACUGAAAUUACUGUUGAAGUUAAAGAAGAUAAGAGCUUCAGCGAUACCAAGGAAACAUAUCUUAUUGAGACUCAUGAAAUUAUUGAAGAUAUGAAAGACACCAAAUUAGAACACAAAGCUGAAAUUCUACAAUCCUAUGAUGAUCAGAAAACUGAGGAUGAUGAGAGAUAUGUACCUCAUAUUGAGGAUACGGUUGUUGUUGAAAGUGAUGUUGUGAAGGAUGACAAGUGUAAAAUUGUGGAUAAACAGUAUGAAGAGAAAGUAGAUGCUAGUGAGAUGUUAGAACAUGAGCCUAAGGGUAUAUCAGAAAGAAUACCAUCUGAGUCAUAUGUCAAUGAUAAAGAUGAGUUUCACAGGGAAAGUGAAAGUAAAUCUGAUUAUGUACAUGAAGGAGUAGAUUUUUUCAAGGAAAGCCAAACUGCAGUACAAAUUGGGGAAGAAGAUAUGUCGUUUAGACAUGAAGAAGUAACUGAAAAAGCAAUAGAUCAACAUGAAGAGCCAAGUGAUGAAACUGUGACUGCUGAAAUUGAUACAUCUAUAAAUGAUGUGAUUGAGGAGUCUGAUGUACCAUAUACUGAUACUUUAAGUUCCGUUCCACCUGAUAUAAUUGAAAUCAUGGAGGAUGAUGACACACCAACUGAACCCUUUGAAGGUAUUGUGUUAGAUCCAACUGGCACAGUGAAAGAACCCUUUGAGGAAAUUCAAGAAACAUAUCAGCAUGAAGUUGUUGAGAGUAUUCUUGAGAGCAGGUCACAUGACAUACCAAUCGGACAUGAUGUUGCAGAUGCACAUUUAAAUGUAUUCAGAAUAGGUGGAACAGGCUAUGUUGUGUCUGAUUCAGAAGAAUCAACUUCACCUCGACCAGUUAAAUCUGACACUACAUCAUUUGACUUUGGAGACAAAGCCAUAAAAUCGGAUAGUUCUUUAACCUAUUCACCAAAGUAUUCUCCAAAGAGACCUCUCUCAGAUUCCUUUGAUUUUCCACCACAAAAAACAUUAUCACAAGACUCAUCAAUAGAUGGGUCAUACGCAACUGCUCAUAGCACAAUGUCAUUAGAUUCAAGGUCCUCUGUAUCAGCCGAGACACUCACUAGUUCCUAUGCCUCAGCAGACUCUUCCAUUGAAUCGAGAGGUGUAUCAUCAGAAACACUCACUGGAUCAGUGUCUGGAUCUGGAUAUAUUACUGCAGAUGCUUUCACAAGCAGUGACUCUUUUGAUACAGGUAAAUCAUCUUCUGCAGAUGAUCAUGACUAUUCAUCUGAUGAAUCACCACAAAUAACUCAAAUAGAUAAAACACCAACAGAUGACAUCAUUCCAGAGGAUAUUUUUGAUCAAGAGAUUGAAGCUUUUGAAAGGGAAAGUGAAAAUCAAGAAGAAUCACCAGAAGAAAUAUUUCACCUUGAAAUUGAUAAACAUCUUGAGGAAGAGCAAAAACCAGUGUGCUUAAGAACAGUAUCAAUAGACAGCGAAGAGUUGUCUACAAGCUAUAGUAGUGGAGGGAAUGAAAUGAAAGAAGAGAUGCAGACUGAAAUUCCCACUACAACUGUUCCUCUUAAUAUCCAGCUACAACAGGAAUAUGAUGAGGAGGAAUCAAAACUAGAUGCUGAGAUAAGAGAGGCAGAAGAAUCAAAUGUUGAAAUUGAAGUGACUGAUACUACAAUUGGAAGCCCUGAACUUAUUGUCAAACCAGUGGAAUAUGAAGUACAAGUUGAGAAACUAGAAACAGAAAAAGAACAACAUCUAUUUUCUCCUAAGAAAGAUGUCACUUUUGAGUUUAGCCAAGAUUAUUCUGACUUUAUACAAUCAUCAAAACUAGAAGAGGGUGCUAUCAUAAAGGACGACUCCAUUGAUUUACCAAAGACAACAAAUUCGUGCUCAAUAUCUAGUGAAGAUCUUAUUGCUUCAUCUACAUCAUCUGAAAAUAUGACAGAACCAACACUGUUGGCUGCAACAUACAAUCUCGAUUCUGCUACUGUGUCUCAUGUUGUAGCAACUUAUGAUAUUUCUCCUGAUAGUGUUGAAAGGCAGCCUGUUGCAGAACCCCAACCCAAAAUGAUUCUUUCAAGUCCUGAAGAUGAAGUGUUUGAGUUUGAAGUCAGGGAUAGAAAAUUUGAUGAGGAAACACCGGAGAGAUUAAGAUUGCAAGCAACAAAAUCCUCUGACAUUUCAUUAUCAGAGUCUGAUACAACAGAAACACAUCCUAGGAGUUCUAUUCCUUCAAUUCCAUCAGUUCCUGAGUUUGAAUUACCUUCAGACAAACAGGAAAAUAUAACACUUGAAACAUCUGUAAAACUCGAAUUUCUUGAAUCAGAAUCAGAGCUUGGGGAAACAGUAGAUGAAAUGUCCAAACCACCUAUAGAAUUCACUGUAGAUCAAGAGGAUGGGACUGAAGAAAUGGAGGAAAUCAAACCUGUGAAAGAAUAUACUGCUGCUGAAGCCAGUAUAGAAUUUGAUAGCAGCAUGGAACCAUCUAGAUCAAGUCCAUUUGAGAUAGUUGCAUCUGAGCAAAGUGAUCAAACAGAGGUGUCUCUACAGCUUGGUCAAGAAGUAACUAAAGUUGAGGAUCUGGAACAGGUUGGAACCCAUUCAAGGGAUAGUCCCUUUGAGGUGGUCACAGCAGAUAUAGAUGAUAGCCAAAUUAAUAAGGAUGUAGCAAUAGAUGAUAAAGAUGAUUUGGUAAAAAAGCCAAAAGAUGAAGCAACCAGAACAAGUCCAUUUGAAGUUGUAUCACCAUCAGAAUUUGAAGACUAUGCUGAAUAUAUGAUUGCAAUGGAACAUGCUCAAAAGAUAUCUGACGAGUUAUUACAGAGUGUUGCUGGUAUAUCUGCUAGCCAAAUUGGAGCUGAACAGAAAGAUGCUACACAUCCUCCAGAAAGAAUAUCUAUUUCUUCUUUUGAGCACUCAUCUCCUAUCAGCAGUGAACCAUCACCAUUUGAAAAGCAUCCAACUGAACAAAUCCCUGAUUUUUAUUUGAAAGAAGAUGAAUUCAAACCAACCAGUCAUGCUGAGGAUUUGCAAAUUGAACAAAUACCAGAUUUCUCUUUGAAAGAAGAUGAACCAAAACCAUAUAUCUUUCCUGAACGAGAUAGCUUUGAAACAAAGGCUGAUGUUAUGCUAAUUGAUCCAUUUAGCACAUCUAAUGGACCAACUGAAGUUGAAUACAGUCCUGCAAUUGAUGAUGGUAUAAUGAGUUCAACUCCAGAGAGCACUGGUAGACCAUUAUCACCAACUGACUACAUACUUCAGGCAGAGAGCAGCAGAGCUUCAUCAAUUGGAGACCUUUUGGAUGAUAGUAGAAGUGAAAUUAGAAUUGAAGAAGAAACACCUAUUCAAAUUGAGGUUGAACAAAGUGAAGGACCAUUUCAAGCUGAUGUGAUAGAACAACCCACACAUGCUGAACCAGAGAGGACAGAGCAACGGUCGACAGUAACUACAGAUGAGCCAACAUUAUUAACAGAAAGCUUGAUGGAAGAGCUACACAAAUCUGAUCAAGAGGGUAUGCUAACAUCCGAUCAAACAUUAUAUGAUAUGGAAAUGCCAUCUGAAGAAACGUCACCCCAUCCUUCUCAACUUAUGGACAUGAAUACAUCUCAAAUAACAGAUACAUCUGAUCAGUUUCAAGAGAGCAGUCAAAGUCCAGAGUCAGAUGAAAAAGAUGAAUAUGAUCAGGUAAUUGACUCUCCCAACAAACAUGUACUUGAUAAGCAGCCUAUUAAAGUGGAAGAAGAUGAUAUACAUGAGACAGACGCUGGAAUUAUUAGGCUUAAACGUAGCCCUGAGCCUUCUCCAAUAGUUGAAAAAGAAGUUAUUUUUCCUCCCACUGGACCUGUAGUUGCAGUAACAGAAGUCACAAGUGAGCAGGCUGAAGAUUUAUUACUCACAACAACUGAACCAGACAGGGAUUUAGUUUAUGAGAGCACUGAACAAGAAAUGCCAUAUACUGUUGUAACAGACGUUCCACCUGAGUAUUGUGCUGACAUAUUGG